AUGUUCAGAGCAGCAGGCAGACAGAUGAUUGCGGGCACGCGCGCGGCGGCGUGGCGCGCGCUCUCCGGCGCGCGGGCACGCGCGGCCAUGCGGCCGGUGCGCAGCGCGCGGGCGGCGCCGCUGGUGCAGUCACGUGGUGUGAAGCAAAUCAGCUUCGGCGGCACGCCCGAGACGGUGUACGAGCGGGCAGACUGGCCGCGGGAGAAGCUGCUGGAGUACUUCAAGAACGACACGCUGGCACUGAUCGGGUACGGGUCGCAGGGGCACGGGCAGGGCCUGAACCUGCGCGACACCGGGCUCAAGGUGGUGGUGGGCGUGCGCAAGGGCGGCGCGUCGUGGAAGGCGGCGGUCGAGGACGGGUGGGUGCCGGGCGAGAACCUGUUCGACGUGGUGGAGGCCGUGGAGCGCGGCACGAUCGUGAUGAACCUGCUGUCGGACGCGGCGCAGUCUGAGACGUGGCCCACGCUGCGGCCGCUGCUGACGCCCGGCAAGACGCUGUACUUCUCGCACGGGUUCUCGCCGGUGUUCAAGGACCUGACGCACGUGGAGCCGCCUAAGGACAUCGACGUGAUCCUGGUGGCGCCCAAGGGCUCGGGGCGCACCGUGCGCUCGCUGUUCCUGGAGGGGCGCGGCAUCAACUCGUCGUACGCGGUGUGGAACGACGCGACCGGCCGCGCGCACGAGAAGGCGCAGGCGCUGGCCGUCGCCGUCGGCUCCGGCUACGUCUACGAGACGACCUUCGAGAAGGAGGUCAACUCCGACCUGUACGGCGAGCGCGGCUGCCUGAUGGGCGGCAUCCACGGCAUGUUCCUCGCGCAGUACGAGGUGCUGCGCGAGAACGGCCACUCGCCCUCCGAGGCCUUCAACGAGACUGUCGAGGAGGCCACGCAGUCGCUGUACCCGCUGAUCGGCAAGCACGGCAUGGACUACAUGUACGACGCCUGCUCCACGACCGCGCGCCGCGGCGCGCUCGACUGGUACCCGAUCUUCAAGGACGCGCUCAAGCCCGUGUUCCGCGAUCUCUACGAGUCCACGCGCAACGGCUCCGAGACCAAACGCUCCCUGGAGUUCAACUCCCAGCCCGACUACCGCGACAAACUCGAGGCCGAGCUCCAGACCAUCCGCGACAUGGAGAUCUGGAAGGUCGGGAAGGAGGUCCGCAAGCUGCGCCCCGAGAACAACUGA